UAAGAACACGACGCUCUGUUUUAUUGCGCGUGAUUAGAGCUGAAAACCUUUAAAGCAUCGAUCAGACAUAUGGUAGUCAUAUAUAAAUGCCUUCAGGGCUUUGACGAGCUAAGGACAAUUAGGCGUUGAUAGAUGUGGAAUGUAAAUUGAUCUUCAGGUUGAGUCUAUUGUGAUGUCAAAGUUUUAAUCCAUAACAACAUCUCGCAGCUUUCUGCUUUCGCUCAGUUCUCUCUCGAGUUCAGUAACGAAUCGCUAGAAGCUGACAGAGAAUCUUGGGAAAUUCAUAACUUCAAAAUUUAUGUAUCUGCGGUGAAACAUAAUGGAGGAGAAAUCCAUUGCUGAGGAAUAAUCGUUGAUUACCUGAAGAUGUCUCUUGCCCACAAACAGCGCGGGAGCAGUUCAACACAAUUUUUAGUCACUGACGGGGACAACGAAAGUCAGGGCCGAAAUACUAAGGAAAAUUUGCCAGCUUUGGGAUUAAAUGCACCAGUUCUUACUGGUGAGAAUAAUUCUCAAGCUGCGGGCGACUUGAGUGCGGGUCUACCUCAAGUGAAACCCUUAGAAAAUGGCAACUAUCAACGAAGUUUCAGUCUUGAAAGUUCUCGCGUUACACCACGUUCGGCAAGAGUGUCGAGUUCAUCUUCCGCAACAGCUGGCUUGUACACUCCAUUUCCUGGAUUUCAAAUUCCUAAUGAAACAAUAAUCCCAAAGGAAGACCCGGCAACAGUAGUGAAGCGAAAACAGACAAUCUCAGCGAAGGAUGCCAUUCCAGUAUUACCGCGUCCCGUCGCCAUUGUUUGUCUCAUUUUUAACAUUCUCAUCCCCGGAUCAGGGACAGUCAUAUCUGGCCUGAUCGCCUUCUUCCUGACACGGAAGAACAUACCGCUGAUCAGCCGCACUUCCAUUCUGUUCGUCAAUUGUUUUGUAGGCUUCAUGCAGCUGGCAACAAUUGUCUUCCUCAUGAUUGGCUGGUUCUGGAGUAUAGCCUGGGGCUGUGCAUUCGUAGGAUUUUCUGAGCGUUACGGUAAAGAUCUUGAAAAGGUGGAAGGAAGGGAAGUUGUCCCCGCGUAACUCCCGACCUCACAGUUUACCUUACCCGUUUAGAGGUGGGCUGACUGUGCCAAACGGAUAGAUGUUGAGACUCAGGUGAACACGUCUCGUGGGCCCUACGGAGAUCUACGGUAGCGAACAUUUCACUGAAGCAGUUGGAACUAAACCGACUAAUGCGCCUUUCCUGAGACUUCGCCGAAAAGGGGGAACCUUACUUGAGGUCUUGAAGUUAUUCACUCACAUGGCAAACGAAGAAGUUACGUUUUCACCGAGGCUGGUACAUCCAACACGAAAUUCUACCAUAAAAAUAACUCUAUUUUGUUUGCAGGCAUGCAGGGUGAUUUUACACUUCUUUCUACUACGGAACGAACUUUUUUUUGUUUCAGCAAACAUAUUCCACAAUAGGACGCUGUAAUAUUAGAUGUAUGUUGAUAGACUUUUUCUUUCCUGCGUUGGGUUGUGCUUUAUCACUCUCAUCCUGUGUCUUGAGAUAGACAAGAAGAGUUAUGGGUUGGGAGGUUUGGUAAUUUUACUGAAAGCUGCGUCACAAUCCGGAUGCUGGGGGACGAAACUUUAAGAUACAUAGAACAACAAAUUGUUUAUCACUCGCAUUUAUAACAGAUAUUUCUAGAAACUUGCAGACUAGUUACGUUAAAGUUACAUUAGAAUACAUACAGAAUACUAAAUUCUCAUAACCUGCUAGAAAAUUAUUAAUUGUAAUCGGACAGAACAAUUUUUUUUCACGGCUUUUAAAUAAAUACAUCCACAAAUCCACACAUCCCCCUGGUGUUUCAUUUGUAUAAGAGGUUUUUUUUUAAUCAGCUGGGCCAUUUCAUUAUUUCAUGAUUAAUAUCACCUUCAGUUACCAGAAAUGUACUAGUUUAAAAGCUUCUUCUUUGCAAAAUUAUUACAAAUAAUACAAUGUAAGAAUAUCUGAAGUAACUUGUGUCAUAUUGUGCGGUCAGCGUAGUGUUCAUCAGGCAAAGCGUGGAAUCCUAUCAACAACGUUACUUGACAGAAACUUCUUGCUCUGUUUGUUUCUUUUUACCAUUGAAAUACCUGUAAAAUUUCAACACUCAUAUUUUGCGUAUUCGUUUACAAUACAAUUAAACAGCACAUCAAUAAUAAAACAGUU